AUGUCGCUGAAAAGAAGACUAAUAAAUUCUAUAUCGAACGUCCUUUCCCGGCCAGAAUUGGAUUUCGAUUUUUUAUUAAAUGACAAAAAUGUGGACCUGAUUAAGGAAAAUAUACGAUGUCGCAAAGGUGUCGGUGAUAUCGAUACUGUCCACAGCUUGUGGAGACAAAUCCAAGAUUAUUCAAAAAAGCUGAAACAAUCUGAGCAGGAGUACCAAUCGUUAUGGAACAAACUCUACGAAGAAGCAAUGCUUAUACCGAAUUUGUGUCAUCCAAGCGUUGCAAAGGGUAGCUUUUCGAAUGCUCACGCUGUUCGUUUUUUUGGUGAAAAACGAAAGGACGGUAAUUUGGAAACUGCGGAAACUAUUGCAAAAGCUUGGAAAGCUCUUUAUAAUCCUUUGAAUGCUUGUGGUGAACGAAGUUAUGCACUUGUCGGUCCUUUGGCUGAUUUGGAACUUGCCUUACUUGACUACGUUUCAUCGAUCGUGGAACAAAAAGGUUUCAGUCCGGUCGUUGUACCGGACAUAGUUCAUGAGAAUGUUGCUGAAGGGUGUGGGAUACAGCAAAGAUCGGAUAAAGAUAUCUUGUAUCGAAUGAGGAACUACAGCAACUUCUGUUUGUCGGGUACAUCAGAAAUGGGACUCAGCAGUUUGGUAAGUGGACGAGUUUUCGGACAUAAUGAACUGCCUGUCAAGUUGAAAGCUUUGAGCAGAUGUUUUCGGCCAGAAAUUGCGACCAAUGCAGCCGAAAGUAAAUUGUACAGAGUUCACGAAUUUAAUAAGAUCGAAAUGUUUGUUAUUUGCAAUGAAAAUGACAGUGACCUGCUGCUAAGUGAAAUGGUCGAAAUACAGACUUCGAUUUUUUCAAGCCUGGGACUGCACUUCAGACUGUUGGAUAUGCCCUCGGAAGAAUUAGGUGCUUCAGCUGCUCGGAAAUUCGAUAUCGAAGCUUGGAUGCCAGGAAGAAAAAUAUUUGGUGAAGUGUCAAGUGCUUCAAACUGCACUGAUUAUCAAGCAAGACGGCUAAGCAUUAAAUAUCGUGAUUCGAGUGGUGUGGAAAAAUUUGCUCAUACCUGUAACGCUACGGCAGUUGCAACCGCAAGAACGCUUAUUGCUUUGUUAGAAACCUAUCAGAAUGAAAGAAAACGUUUGCUAGAGUUACCAUGCAAUAUUCGUAGAAGAAUGCCUAAAACAAGAUCUUGGACUAUCAGCUUACAUAAUGCAUUAGAUAUAAAUACCAGUCAUGGAUGUACUUCGUAA